AUGAUUAUCCACUUCCACUUUCACCCCCUUCCCAUCCUCCUCACAUACCUCACCAUUAUCCCUCAAACUAUUAGCAUCGCAAUCCCUCAAUCCCCCUCCAACAUCAACACCAUCACCAACAGCCAUCCCAACCUCGGCUCCUGGCAUGCUCUCCCACCUAUCCCCAUCUCUCCCCGCAAAGAACACGCAACCGUCUACCUAGAACCAUACAUCUACAUACUCGGCGGCGUAACCCCCACCAACGACCCCACGCACCCCUUCGAACCCACAACCCUCACCCAGCGCUACUCCCUCGAAACCAAUACCUGGAGUACCGUCGCUCCUCUCCCCCUCCCCCUAACCCACCCCAACGCCGCCGUCAUAAACGGCGCCAUCUAUCUCCUCGGCGGUCUAACCCCCAGCUCCCCCCUCAAUCCUACCCUCCUAACCACAGCCCCCAACUCCUACAUCUACCACCCCGAAACCAACAUCUGGUCCCCGCUCUCCCUCGAUAUUCCCCCUUCCCUCCAAGUAGCAGCCGCUGCUACAGCCUCAAGAGGAAAUUCUAUCUACCUCGCCGGCGGCCUCACUCAUUUUAAUCUCAACAUUUCCUCCCCAUCCCCACCGACACCCAAAAUCACAAAUUCCCUUCACAGCCUACACAUCCGGUCGCGAACUCCUAACCUCGCUUCCUCCACUCCCGCAAUCGGAGGUAUCGUGCCCGCAAGUGGGUUUUUGGAGGAUAUUGGACUUUUUUUUUGUGAUUGGUGGGAGGGGGAGAGGUGA